UUUAGAUAGUUUGAUAAAAAUUUAUUAUAUAAUAUUGAUAAAAAGAGAAGGUUUUCUAUUAAACCGCAUAACCUCGAAAUUUUUGAAAAAUUUAUAUUAAUUUUCUUGUUUCAAAUAAAAACAAUGAAACUCACGGGGGUGUUAUACAAGCAACAUAUAGGUAGACAACUUAAAAAAUUGUGGUAUGUGAAGCGAGAACGCAAAGUGAAUGAUACCAAAACAGAAAGACAAUUGUCGAAAUUGGGAAUUGAAGUGAAGGAUUCUUUAGAAAUGAUCAAUCCAAAACAGGAAUUUCCAAAGUUAAAGCUAGAAUUUUUGAAGCCAAGACCAAUAGUGUUUGAUGAAAUACAUCCCAACUGGAAAGCUAAAGCUUGCUUGGUAUUUAAAGAUAAUAACGUUUUGCAAGAAGGAUUUCAUCAAGCACAGAUAUUGACGAACACUGUGUGUCUGUCGAACAGUUCUUCAAAUUAUAUCCAAGAUUUAUUUCAAGAUUUACCGGAACAUGUGGACAACAUAGUAAAAAGGAUAAUUUAUACUUCGAAUAUAUUUGAUGCUUAUCAAGAAAAACUACCAAAGAGAAAAGAUCCUGAAAGACCUGCAUGGGUGUUUCCUAGAGAUUAUGGCAUAACUAAUCGUAGAAAAAUGCAGAAUUUGUCUAGGAAAUUGUUACAACUUUGCGAGUCCUUGUCAGGUCCAGAGAUCGCACAGAAACGAUGCAUAUUUUAUAAUGGAAUCACAAAGUUAAACUUAGAUAAGGAAUCAGACCUUAUUCAAUUUACCCUAAGUUCAGAUGUGACGGUCAUGUCGACAAAUCCUCUAAAACCAAUAGAAAAUUCUAACAGCAAUAUGGAAAUAGAUCUUCCGAAUAUGCAGCCACUGCAUCACACCAUUGGUUUGGACGAGACAAACUUCNNNNUCAUAAAUAUAUUAACAGCUGUCAGUCCAACUAUACCUUGGAUAAAUGUCCACACUAUUUUUGUGCAUUACGAUCCUGUUCGUGUGAGAAAUAAGACGGAAUUACCUGUAACACAGAGUCAGAUUUUUAGUCGCACUUUGAUAAAAACGUACGUCGUGGCAGCGUCUUGUGCACGGCAAAAGUUUGGCUCAUCCGUGAAAAAACUACCAGAACCUGUGACUGUGCAAUGCAUUCAAUCAGAUGGAAAGAAUUAUCACUUUUUCGUAUUUCAACUCAAUUCGUUAGAUGCCAAUGAUGUCAGUGUAAAGAAUUUCUGGUAUCCUUUAUCGCCGUUGACGCUUUAUGAAAAAGCUGAAUAUAAUAAUGCUAGACCAGUAGUCGAAGGAUACAAUCCAGAAGUAUUCAGAAGAAUAUUUGCGUUUUACAGGAAUGGAAGUUAA